AUGGCCAACAACGACACGUCGGACGUCUCUUGUGUUGACAAAGAACUCUCACCGGAGGAUCGCAUUAAAAUACAACAUGAAUUUGCGAACUCCCACCAAUUAUCACUCGUUGAACCUCCCUUUGUUCCAGCCCCAUCUCAAGAACACACAUCUGAUAUGUCUGAAAGUGUCUCUUCAAGCAAUGGAGAUGGUAAUGGAUCAGUGAGCUCAUCUGAUGAUUCAGACAGUGCACCUGAACAACCUGACCAAAACUGCGGCGAACCAACGGCUAAAAUCAUGAUUGGCACCUACAACUUUGUACUCGAACUCCCUGCUCAACUUUUGGGAAAGAAGUUUCCUUAUUUCGCAAAAAGACUUAAUUCUAGUCGAUUGAGUUUCUAUAUGGGAUUUUCUGAGCUUGAUCCAGCUGGAUUCAAGCUUCUAAAGCGCUGGAUAUAUGGAGCUUCGAUUGCAGAGCAGAAAAGCAACAAAUGCCGUACCUACGAGCUCUUCGCUCUAUAUGCUAUCGCGUACACCUUCGAACAUCAUGGUUUACAAGAUGAAGCAAUGGAUUGCAUCAUUAAGGAGAUUUUUGAAAGUCGCGAUGACUCAAGAUUCACGCCAGAGCAUGUCAGAUUUGCGUAUGAAUUGACCCCUGAAACAUCAGAACUCCGAUUUUUCUCUGCCGGACUUGUGGCUGAAGCCAUGAAAGAAGACAAUCAAUUCAAUUGGGAUGACGAGCAAAUCUCCACACUUCUAGACGCUAUCCCAGAGCUUUUUGUUGAUAUCAGCCCUCACCUAACCCAUCGAUUCAAGAAAGCAUCCAAGGAUGAUUCUAAGACGGCUCCAGCAGGCCAGUUGUAG